AUGGGCAGAUAUCGGCGAUCGAUCGGCGGCGCGAAAAUUUUCGCCCGCAACGACGCGGCUAUCGCGCUCGCCAGCGCGCGCGAGGGGACGGGCAGGGCGAGGUCUUUCAACCUGCAACUCACCAUCGCGUGCGCGCUGGCUGUCCACGUCACGCAGUCCCGCCACUUGGCCCGCCCGCCUCUCCCCAACAAACCCUCCAAUGCCCCGGCGCCCUUCUAUCCAUCACCCCCAUUCCCGAAAUGCGCACGCGUCGCAAAAAUCACCUGCGCGGUCGCUCUCCCCCCUCGCGACCUCCUCAUUCGCAGCGUGUCAGCCAAGCCGCCAGCCCUCUACACACGAAGGUCGCAAUCGGCGCAAUCCUGCGGCGGCGUCUCGACCGCCCUCCUCCCCCCUCACCAGUUCUCCCGCGACAUGGGAUUACAAGCCGCCGAAUGGACGACGCGCCGCCCUCUCGACUGCGCUCGCCUCGCGUCGCGCGCUGUGCCGACACGCGCGCCACUCCCCUAA